AUGUCUACCGCCCUGAAAUCCAUCAAGUCGCUCGUCCCACUGCUGGAUCGCGUGCUGGUACAACGAGUGAAAGCCGAAGCCCGCACCGCCGGCGGCAUCUUCCUACCGGAGAGCAGCGUCAAGGAACUCAACGAGGCCAAGGUCCUCGCCGUCGGGCCCGGCGGCUUCGAUAAAGACGGCAAGCGGAUAUCCAUGAGCGUCCAGGCCGGUGACAAGGUUCUGAUUCCGCAGUAUGGCGGUAGCCCUGUGAAGGUCGGAGAGGACGAGUAUCAUCUCUUCCGGGAUCAUGAACUCCUGGCCAAGAUCAAGGAAUAG